UCGAAUUCGUCGGAUUCGGAUACUACAGGGUGUUUAAAAUAUGUUAGUUUUCUAAGUGACUGAUGUGAAAAUUGAGAUUUAAAAAAAAUCCAUUUGAGGAACUGAAAAAAGUUUUUUUCUUGUUAAAGAUCCUGUGUAUAGGCGAGGGAAGCAGGAAAAAUGGACGAUCGAAAACAUUCCACUAGUGGCCUGACCAUUGAUCGAGCAGCCUUUUUGAUACUUCGAGUAAAAAAGGCUUUUAAAAGGAAGAAAUUGCAGAGAAAAGAGAAGGAAAAGGCUGUUCAACUGGCAGCAGCCAGACCGGACCAAAGGGCAUCUUGCGUCGGCCUUGAAGGCGGCGCCAGUCGAAAACUACCCCCACCCUUACUCCGAUCCAGAACCUUACCAGCCAUCGUCGUUCCUGGCGUAAACAUUUUACAAGCCCAAUUGGGAAACUAUGGAGGAAAAGUGAAUGAUGCAAACAGUUUACAAGUUCCAAACUGUCAAAAAUCCGGCAGGUUAUCAUUGGCUCGAGUAUCGUUUAGCCGUGAGGAUCCCGCUAGUCUCGAGACCCGUCGCAAGUCCGCUAUUAGUAGGUUAUGUGGGAGUGGUUAUUAUGGACCGGAGCGUAGUGAUGAUGGCGGGCUCAUGCUCAGGGUGCCAUCACCGCAUGUGGUUGCAGCGAGGGCGUAUCGCAUGCAACCCGCUUCGCCCCAGCCCGGCACGUCUACGGGCGCAUUUUCUAAAAUCAGCAAAUUACUUACCCCCGGCAGUUCGAAAACUCAAAUCGUCAUUGACGAUUCGAACGUCAUUAGGCGACUUAGCUGGGAAAGGCGAGACCCUUUGAACAAUAGACUUCCACGUUCAUCGAGUAUAGACUCAAUGGUGGAAGCCGUGUGGUCGGAAAUGCCCAUUUCGCCAUCUGAAUCACUGCCGAUCCCGGCGAUUACCGAAAAACGUUCGUCAUUACGGCCUGAUAAGGCUUUGGCAUUAGUUUCGCCCAGUGUUGGACGAAGAGUCAAGGGUCAAAGAGCCACAAAUGAAUUCCCGUCGUUUUCGGGCGAUUUGGAGAUGGAGGUGGCGAGUAUUCCUCUGUCGCGGGGUCUCCCACCUCCCCCCAGCCAAAAACCGAGUAAAAAGGAGGCGAAACUUAUACAACAAAAACUCGAAAAACUCGCUAGGAUUAAUAUACACUUGCAUGCAUUAUUUUCGGCCGUGGAAUGCGGACAUCUGGAGAAAGCAAAAACGAUUUUAGAGUCCACAGAUGCUGAUAUCAAUAGUAUAAACUCAGAUAUGCUCUCACCUCUGGAUAUAGCAGUUCUUAGCAACAACAAAUCGAUGGCAAAAAUGUUAAUAUCCUUUGGUGCCAAAGAAGGAAGCCAAUUUCCUUCUCCGGAAAAACUAGGAUCGCACCUGAGACAAAUUCUCUGCGAGGCUGAAAUGCGGAUACAGGAGCUGGGGGGGCUGUUGGACGAGCCCCUCGUAGGAUUCAACACUAGAGCCUCCUUUUCUAGCAUGUUGACCGCCGGUUCUUCAACUUCUUCUAUGACAGGUUGUGCAGGUGGAGAUACGGAAAAGCAAGCGGUGGCAUGGGGCAGAAAAGCGAAAACAUUAAAAAGGCUUGUGUUGGGGUUCACACAGGCGAGACCGCCAGACGUGCCAUCUAUCGUAGCAGUCGAUAUUACCGCGAAAAAUCUCGUUACUGUAAGAUUAGCCGAACCUUCCACCCAUGACUCGCCCAUUGCAACCAAGUUCUUAGUACAAUGGUCAACCCGUCCAGACUUUUCCAUAAUCUCUGGACAAGAGGAGCUCACAGAGAUGUCUAACCUCCGUUGCCAAAUCGAACUCACCCAGGGUCGUAGGUACUAUUUUCGUGCCUGUUGUGGUAACUUAAAGGGCUACGGCAUGUUUCGCGCCUCCACACCAUCUUCAGUCAUACCAUCCACCUGGAGAGAAAUCGAACAAAAGCAUCCGAGGUUUAACGAAAGUAACCAAAAUUUAGACCAACUAAUUGAGGAAGUACGCCAGUUCCGACCCUCAACGGAAAUGCUAGAGUCCACCGGAGCGUCGCAACGAAGGGCCCAAAGAAAGAAAACCACCAUUAAGCAAUUGUUUACUGCUGCAAGCAAAUUUCAAAAAAAUCUAAAAAGGGGUAUCCAUUUGGCAUGUAUUCUCUACCACGAAGACAAAGUCCUGGUGACCAACGAAGAAUUCCUACCUGUGAUAGAAAUCGACGAAUCUUUUCCAUCGUGCAUCAACAACGACCUCUACUGGCUAAUGAGGGUCGCAUGUACAUGGGAUGACACCAAAUGCCUCAAAUCAGUGAUGGAAGAACACACCUCAUCGACGAUCCACUUUCGAACCAAAUUACUUUUAGCGGCCCUCCAAAUGCAAUCCAGUUUGUGUUUGCAGGACUUGGGGCAACUGUACCAUAAACCUUUAAGGGACUCCCAAGGAACGAUGGUCAUAAGUACCAUAAACUACGUGAAAUCUCCAAAGAGUGUUUCGGUGUUGAACUCGCGCUGGUUACCAAUGAAUAAAGUGUUUAAAAAGGCGGUGUUGAGUGACGAUUCGAAUAUUUCCGACGUGUUAAUGGGCAGUAUUCAGGAUCAGAUCAACUAUCAUCAAGUUUCCAGUUUGAAGUUGGGCCGGGGACUGUAUCUGGCUUAUUUGAAAAUGCAAAGUUCGGUUGAUAUGAUUCAUCUGGUGGUAUCGUCAAAGACUCCGAAUAUGUUGCCGCAUUGUAAAGUCAGGGAUAAUCCGCAUGUUUCUGCUGAAGAAUGGGAAUAUCUGAAGCAGCAACAUCUUCCCGACAUCCUGGACAACGCCACCGAGCUCCAGCGGAAUUUUUUGGAGCUGGUUACUAGCGCUGCCAAAAGACUGUUUAACUACAUGGACAUCAGUAACGAGGACGCCAAUAUACAUCGACUCUAUGACGCUGAGGUGAUUGAGCUGACUAACGAGGUCAGCUUUAUAGUCAUAUGCCCGUCAGCAGAGUUUUCUUGCGCUGUGCCUGGACAACGAGAGAUUCUCUUGCAGAGAGGAGAUUUAAUUAGUUUACCUAUACAGGUAUUUGAAAUGAUACACCUCAACACUUACCAAAGCACUAUCCUCCAAAAAUACUCCAAGCUCAGUUGCUUACUAGAACUAGAUGCUGCUACAGCCAACCAUUUGCACAGAGAAGCCUUCUCAAACAGCGAACUACAAGUGGCCAAAGAGCGCCUCUCUAAACUCCAAGAGCUCCAAACCAAACUGGAAUCCAUAUGGAAGAGCGUCAGAUGGUUAGCGGACGUGAUCACUUUUGCCAGAGAUAAGAACAUCGGUAACGUCUGUAUGCGGUACAUCCUGGAAAAGGAGGUGGGGGUAGCCACGAGUCCCAAGCGUGACUUACUACAAAUACCGCCCCCGAAGGUGCUCAAGACCAGCCCGGGCAGAGGAUCUUGGCCUGGACCUGGUGCAAGCAACAUGAUCCCUCCCACAAAUCUAAUGAACGAAUAUAGCAAGAGCGAACAACAUUUAAAUAUCAACGGGAGCACCUCUCACUAUUUAACCGCAUGCAGUGACACCGAUUCCAGAAAAAAUAGCGACAGCUUUAACAGCGCCACGGAUUUCAUGUCUCAACUGGUUCCCAGCAGAAGUGAAGACGUUUUAUUUCAAGUACCGCAUAGCAGCGGAAACCAGGUGAGAGCCAGAUGCGUCACUUUUCCAAGCGGUUCAGGAGCCACCAGUCCCUUGUUGAACGUGCGUCAAGGUUACGGAGGUUCCAUGGUUAGCGUCAACACUACCGACAGCUUGCACAGUUUAAGUUCGGAUAGUGAUCAGGCGCACCUACCCCUCGGGUCAUCCACCCCGAAAAAGUCCAAAUCCAAAAUGGUUCCUAGUAAAAGUAUGGCGAAUGUUAAGCAGAAUUUUUUAGAGUGCGGCAACGCGGAUCACAACGUAAUGUUUCUCACCGUAGAUCGCGGAGUACCGCCCCUUAAGGGUCUCGAUGGUAGUCUCUCCAAAAGCCUAACAAAUAUCCAAACGAAUACCGAGUUUGACGUGGUGAACCCGCGGUCUUCUCCUGCCAAAGACUCCCCCAACUGCCCCGUGGUAUUUCCAGAGAUCUUCAACUUACCUAGCGACGACCCAGAACCGUAUGCCAAAGACAACUACGACAUUUUACAAAUCUACGCAGCCUACGAUACCGGUUUGGUGAUCGGCACCAGUCUAAAAGUCUACGUGACGCCGAGAACCACCGCGAGGGAGGUGGUGAAUGUAGUGGUGCGCCAACUGAAUAUGGCUGUAAUUUUAAAAGGGAAAAAGGGUCCGAUCUAUAGCAGGGAUAUGCUGAAGAACUUCUGUUUGGUGGCAAUUAUCGGGGCGAGGGAACGGUGUCUCAGGGAUGAUUUUAAGCCGUUACUGUUACAGAACCCUUGGAAGUUGGGCAGAUUGUACGUGAGAAGGAAACAUGAGGUAUUGGCCGCCCUAGAUCAUAGCUGUAAGUUGGAUCGGAUCGAGGGUGGAAAAAGAAUCGAUCGGAUUUAAAUUUGAGGGUAUUUAGGUGGUUUGUUGUGGCUGUUUGGAUCUAGAAAAUAGAUCGGAAUUCUUGUUUGUUGAUUGCUAUGAAAAAACAACUUUAGUGUUUCAAAUCAAACAGCCUAAACAUUUAGUCAAAUUGAAGAAUUGGUGCUAGUUCUCUUAUGAUUAUAUUAGCUAAUGAAAAGUAUCUAUUUGUUGCCUACUACUGAACAAAACUAAUUUUAAAAAAUGACUAAAAAAGAGACUAUAUAUUGUAUAUAUAUAUAAUGUUAUUUAGAUAAAUGUGCAUCUCUAAUGAUAUUACCUUUAUAUGUAUAGAGUUAGAGAUAUUAAGACUGUGAUGACUAUUAUUGUUCUUAUUAUGCUAGUAACAAAAAUGUUAGGACCAUGAACUAAGAAUUUAAAACUUUAGGCUAUUAUCGUGUAGGUUUAAUUAAAAUAUAACGCUUCAAGAGCCAUCCAAAUAAAAAAGGAUUUCUAAACAAAAAUCAAAAAAAUAUAUAAUAAAUAAUACGUCCGAAUUGUAAACGAACAAACACAAAGUAUUGCUUUAGAGCUUUAAUAUUGUAGUUUGGGGAUUUGUUGGUAAACUUGGCAACCCCGGGAUUGUGUGUGCGUAUAGUGGGAGGCUGGCCACGCCCCGCUCACAACAAUAGCGAUGUUGCCACAUUUACGUUAUCGCCGCGCAUAUAUUUACCAAAUAACUCUAGCUUGUGAUCUGUUAUGUUAGAAUAUAAAUAGCGAAAAGUAUUAAAACUUAAUUAAAAAUCAUAUCAGUGUCUAGGAAAUGUUUUUUUGAAAUACCUAUACUAGUUCUUAAGAGACUUAUUUUAGUACAAAGAGUUUAUAUUUUUAAUUUUUUUAAGAGGAGGGUUUUUGUACGCUAGAGAGUCAAUUUUUGUUUUAUUUAUUUAUAUAAUACAUAGAUCUGGAUUUGUAAAUAUUAGGUCAUAGUUUGAAUUCUUGAAUGGACAGGUACAGGUGUGUAACUUUGAUUCCACUGUGAUGCACUUAUAUGGACUUAUUAUCGUUUCCAAACCGCAAUUGCUGUAUCAUAAAUUGUAAAGUUUAUGUGUAUCAAAUAUGUUUUAAAAAUG